UUCUCCCUGAAGGCGUCCAAGGUCCAGGAUGGAAUCGGUCUGUUCACGGCCAGGAGAGUGAAAAAGGUUCGUUGUUUGGACUUUUCUACAAGACCCUGGUUAAGUUAAGACUGCGCAAGUUGUGAAUUAGGAGUGUUUGGUCGCCGCUUGGCUGUCAGAGUGCGAGAGUUGUGACGUGAAGUGCCACGUAGCAACACAACUCCCCCCCCCACGCCUUUUCUUCUCCUCUCGUUUCCCAGUCCUCCUUUUACACUUCGCUAGCCAAACACGAAGAAAAGUCAACUUUACGCCAAGUUACAUCUCAAUGGCAUAUAAUAGGAUAUGUUCAUGUAGCCUCUAUUUCAAAUCAAUGCAUUCAAUGUAAGGAUGACGUUUGUGAACCAUCAUUCGAUGACCACGCCCCCCGGAAGUGCUGCAAAAGGAUGGCGCUAACGACUGUUAACACAAUCAUCAGGUGAGAAGUUUGGACCCUUUGCAGGUGAGAAGAAGCUUCCGUGCGAGCUGGAUGAAGGUUCUGACACCCGGCUCAUGUGGGAGGUCCGUGGCAGUAAGGGGGAUGUUCUGUAUAUCCUGGACGCUAGCAACCCGCGCUACGCCAACUGGCUACGCUUCGUCCACCAGGCACCUUCGCAGGAGCAGAAGAACCUGGCGGCCAUUCAGGAUGGAGAGAACAUCUUCUACUUGGCUGUGGACGACAUCGAGACAGACACGGAACUCCUGAUUGGCUUCCUGGACAGCGACAUGGAGGAGGAGGACGAGGAAGAGGAGGAGGUCACCAAGGAUGAAGAUGACAACAGCAAAGAGGCCAAGCACCUGGUUGAAAUGGAGUUAGUCAUCAAGAAGGAAGACCACCCGUGUUUGCUGUGUGAGAGCAGCUUCCCCAGUGAGGAGAUCCUGGCCGCACACCUGCAGAGCCUCCACCAGAGGCCCAGCACCGAGGAGAAGGAGUUCAAAUGUAGGAGCUGUGGCAAGAAGUUCCCCGUCAAACAAGCUCUGCAGCGCCAUGUGCUGCAUUGCUCCGAGGUGGUGAACCCUUCAGGAGACUCCAAGGCUCAUCAGUGUUCUUUGUGUCACAGCACGUUCAGCUCAGAGUCCAGCUUUGAGCAGCACAAGGAGGCGUGCAAAGGAGACGCCAGGUUCAUCUGCAAGGAGGAGAGCUGCGGCAAGCGGUUCAAGAGCAAGGACGCUCUGAAGAAACACAAAGGCAACGUUCACACAGGGAGUGCACGACGGAAACUCACCUGCACGAUAUGCAACAGGAAGUGUUCUUCCUCUCUUAAUCUCCAAGAACAUAGAAAGAUACAUGAAAUAUUUGACUGCCACGCGUGCGACAAGAAGUUCAUCUCCACCAAUCAGCUCAAGCGACACAUGAUCACACACUCAGAGAAGCGUCCGUACACGUGUGAGAUCUGCAGCCGCUCCUUCAAGCGCCUGGACCAGGUGACGGCUCACAAGAUCAUCCACAGCGAGGACAAGCCGUACAAAUGUAAGCUGUGCGGGAAGGAGUUUGCUCACCGAAACGUCUACAAGAACCACAAGAAGACACACUCGGAGGAAAGACCCUUCCAGUGCGAGGAGUGCAAGGCCCUCUUUCGGACGCCCUUUUCUCUACAGCGCCACCUACUCAUUCACAACAGUGAGAGGACCUUCAAGUGCGACCAGUGUAACGCCACCUUCAAGAGGAAGGACACGCUCAAUGUGCACAUCCAGGUGGUGCACGACGGCCACAAAAAAUACAAGUGCGACCUGUGCGAGAAGGCCUUCGUCACGCCGUCCGUCCUCAAGAGCCACAAGAAGACGCACACGGGCGAGAAGGAGAAGAUCUGCCCGUACUGCGGACAAAAGUUUGCCAGCAACGGCACACUGAGGGUCCACAUCCGCAGCCAUACAGGCGAGCGUCCCUACCAGUGUCCUUACUGUGACAAAGCCUUCAGCAAGAACGACGGCCUGAAGAUGCACAUCCGCACGCACACUCGAGAGAAGCCUUAUAAAUGCAGCGAGUGUAACAAGGCCUUCAGUCAGAAGCGAGGAUUGGACGAACACAUGAGGACCCACACAGGAGAGAAGCCUUUCCAGUGUGACGUGUGCGACCUGUCCUUCAGCCUGAAGAAGAUGCUGAGUCGACACAAGCUGACGCACAACCCAAACCGGCCCAUGGCGGAGUGCCAGCUGUGCCACAAGAAGUUCACCAGGAACGAUUACCUCAAAGUGCACAUGGAGAACGUCCACGGCGAAACCGAGAGCUAAGAGCGCCUUGGACACAUCCACGUUAGUCCUGGUCGCUCACGGUCAAGAUGUUUGACCAUCUCCCUGCUCUCACGUUGGAGCUCCGUCAAGCGUAAGUGUCUGACCUCGUCCAAUAUGAUAUUUACAUCUGUAUACAGUGCAUACAGUACAUGUGUGUGUAUACUGUGUGUAUUUAUACGGGAUAUAUAUAUUUAAAUAUACAGUACUGUGCAAACGGCCAUGAUGACCUUACAAGUCUACAUCCUGCUACUACUUCCUGCUUGAUGGAGGUCGAAGGUGCUCUGAUGAUUCUACGCCAGGGAGUUACAAAGUGCGGCCCGCGGCUGUUUUUUUAUUGGCCCCCGGCACAUUGUGCAAAUAUAAUUCAACAAGACAACUACAAAAGCACAAAACGGAAAAAAGCAAAAUGGAAAAAUCUGCCAUAAUUUCACAAGAAUAAAGCCAAAAUAUUAAGAGAAAAAAGUCGUAAUUAAAAGUAAUUUUACAAGAUUAACGUCAUAAUUUUAUGAGGACAAAUAAUGCCAUUUUAGUAGCAUAGAGUUGAAAUAUUAAAGAAAACAUUUUUUUAAGUCUUAAUGUUAAGAAAAACUAAACAACAAAUAGAGUUGCAAUUUUUGGAAAAUUAGGCUGAGGUAAAAGUCUAAAUAUUGUGGAACUAAAGUCAAUAUUAAGAGAAAAAAGUUACAAUCCAACCAGGAAAACGUAUUUUUACCAGAUUACUGUCGUAAUAUCAUGAGGACAAAUAACGUCCUUUUAGUGGCAUGAUGUUGAAAUGUCAAAGAAAGACGUUCUUUUUCAAAGUCAUAAUAUGAAAAACUAAUGAAGUUGUCAUUUUUUGAAAGUUAGGUUGUGGAAUAUGUUACUUGUUACUCCGAGAAUAACGUCAAAAUAUUGUGGGAAUAAAGUCGUUAUUAAGAAGGAAGUUGAAAGAGCAGAAAGGAAUGAAAAAACAGCUGUAAUUUCACAAGAAUAAAGUCAAAAUAAGGAAAAAGUUGCCAUUUUAGGAUAAUAUACUGGUAAUAUUAUGAGGAAAAAUAACGUCAUUUUAUUAGCAUAGAGCUGAAAUAUUCAAGAGAACAUUGUUUUAAGUCGUAAUAUUUUGAAAAACAAAAUAACAAAUAGAGAAAAUUAGGUUGUUUGAAAAGUUGUGGUGGAAAAAAUAUAUUUUUUUGAAAGUCAUAAUAUGAAAAACAAACAAAACAACAAAUGAAGUUGUCAUUUUUGGAAAAUUAGGUUGCGGAAAAAGUUACAGCCUGACGAGAAUAAAGUCAAGAUAUUACAGGAAUAAAGUCAGAAUUACGAGGAGAAUAUUUACAACAUGGAAGUUGAAAUAGUUGGAAAACAAAAAUUAAAAAAAACACACACACCAGCAGAAAUGAGUGAAAAAUAGCUGCAAUUUUACAAAAAUAAAGUCGAAAUAUUACAAGAAAAGUCACAAUUUUAGGAGAAUAAACUAGUAGUUUUAUGAGGAAAAAUAAUGCCAUUUUAGUAGCAUAGAUUUAAAAUAUGAAAGGAAACAUGUUCUUUUUUAAAGGCAUACGCGAUAAACCGAAGCCUUUCAACGCUGAUCACGAGCGAGCCGAUCACCUCUGGCUGCUAUUCAUAGGUGGUAUGCAGCAUACUUGCUCACGGUGCAAUGAAACAAGUUAACGCAUCACAGAAAUGAACAACUAAGCGCUGAACAUAACACGCAACUUAAAACUGUUAUUUCCAAAUGCCCGCAAGGCAUGCUGGGUAGUGCAGCUGCAACAACAAUAUGAACUAUGAACAAGAAACGUUGGAUAUCAAGAGGGUGUUCACUCCUCCUUGUUUGCUUCUCUGAUGACCUCCUCAACAUAUUUUGCAAUCGAGCAAAAAUGCGACAAACAUGGCAAAAUGUUGGGAGAAAGAGUACCACAAGCUACCCAGCAUGCCUUGCGGUGGGAAUAUAUGGGUGUUUUUUUGGCAUGGGUUUUGCGUGUAGAUAUUGUACGCCCACAUGGUGCAGUAGGUCGGUUACUUUGUGCGCCUUGAGUGUUGACAUGUGGAAUUUGGAAAUGGUGAGCCGGAUUAGGACGCUCGGCGGGCCUGAUGUGGCCCGAGGGCCGCUGUUUGCCCAUCCCUGCUCUAACGUCUUGGAGACGCGUCCCCCGCCCACUUUCCUUCACGCUGCACAGGCGUGCCAAAGCCAAAAUUGAUAGGACGAGACGAGCAGUCUUUCACAGCCGUGGAAGACACCGGGUUGGCCGAGUGCUCUCACUUGGAGCCCCGCUGCAGGCUUCCUGAAGUCCUGCUAGAACUCCACCGAUGUACUCCCACAUCCACAGUCUCCUUAAAGAAGCCGCCUCAUCCGCUGGAAGUUUCACCAGUGACAUAUGUCUUCUUGAAAAAGUCAUUGAAUAUGUUUUAGUCUUAAUUAAUUGGCUAAUGACACUCAUCAUGAACCAGUUGAAAAAUGUACAGUCAAUCCAAGUGAUCGGUAUCGGAUGAUGUCACUAAUGGAUUAUCAGUAUCAACAUACUGAUCAGAGCAUCCCCAAACGUUACGAUAUUUAAGAAGAAAGCUGAAAUAUUUGAACGUCUUCUUCCUUGGCUCAUGCACGACCUUUUCUAACUGUACUUAACUUUUUGUUUUUGUCAAUAACAGUCGUUGCUUUUGCGCAGUACUGUAUGUAUCGUAGUACAGUAUUCCACCUGUGUUGUCAUUAUCUGUCUUUAGUAGAAAUAACACAUUGCAUUAUUAUGGAAAAUGUCAUUGGAAUGAGAAGAACAUGCUAACUUCCUUAGCGUGAAGCGUACCGUAUCAGGCCUCACCGCUGCCUCCUGAGGUAGGAAGCGGUACUGCCGAGCAAUCACGCGUCUUCAUGCUGGACGUGUCCGUUGAAGGUGCUGAACAUGUUACUGUAUCCCAGCAAGAAAGGCUUUUUGUCUUUCUAUUUCUCCAUGGGUCUGCCUCUGAUGCUGAUGAUACCAUGAAAUAAAUAUUUGUCUUUUAAUAAAUGUUUUUUUGUAUGGUUGCAAUCAUUUUUUAUCACAUUUUUUCAAGUAAGAAUUGCUGAAUGAUUGCCCCAUGACUCGACUUGAUAUAUAGAUAGUGUUAGCAUGCUGGAUGUUAGCAUGUUAGCUAGGAGCAUUGUUAACCUUUACAUAUUACUGGGAUUCUCUGAAAAUUAAUUUAGGUAGGAGUGAGUACUUUGUGUACAUAGUACCCAUCUUGCUAGGUGCUUGCGUUAGGAUUUUAAAAUUCUGUAGAUCACUUUGACAUUUAGCACUUUAGCAACUGUUUAUUGAAGCAACUUUGACUUUGAACGGCUAGAUACAGUGAGUCCACACAAUGCUAGCAUGGUAGAGGUUUGCAUGUUAGCUGUUAGCAAUGUUAGCAUGUAGAUAUUGUCCGGAUUCUCUCAAAAUUAAAUUAGGUAGCAGUUAGCACUUUAUCUACAUCGUACCCACCUUGUGAGGUGCUUGUGGUAGCAUUUUGCGUAUCACAUUGACAUUUAGCACUUUAGCA